AUGUGGCUCCCCUCCCCCACCCCGGGGUACCGCCGGCGGUGGUGGUGGUGGUGCUGUCGAUCUCCCGUCGUCGAUCUCCACGGCAGCCAUGGGCGGUUCCCCUUUGCCGUUGGCGCUCUUGGUGGCUCUCUGGCCGCCAUCUUGGUGCCAAUGCCACCGCGCCCGCGGUCCCUCGUGUUCGCGCUCCGGUUGUCCUCUUGGACUCUCCGUCAUGGCGGCGGCGCCACCGCUGCGUCCCCUGCGUGGCGCUCGGGACGGCGCUGCCGCCAACGCUCGGCGGUGGCCACGGGGGAGACGGCGGUGGCGGCGGCGGUGGCCGAAGCGCAGGAGGUGGCGCGCGGGUGGCGCCUCGGCCUGGAGGAGGGGACGCCGGCGCCCAAGAUGGCGGCGCGGUUGGCGCUCGCCGGCUCCCACUCCCGCCUGGCGGACUUCGCGCUGGAGCGCCAACGCCGCCACCGCUACGGCUUCGCCACUCUCCAGCUCAGCUGCAGCCUCUACUGGUCUCGCCUCUCCUCCGUUCCCCGCCCGGCGCGGCCCUUCCUGGCGGCCAUUUCCUCGCUCCCGCCGCGCUUUUCCCGCUCCUCCUCGGUGUCCUUCUGGCGGUUCCUCUCCUCCUUCGGCACUCACUACAUCUCCGCCGCCUCCUCCGGAGGGUUCCUGCGCUCCACCACUGCCUCCCAGUCCUCCCAUCCCUCCCAUUGUCGUUCGGCGGUGACGGUGACGAAGGGCUGGGGGUGGUGGGGAGAUGUCUUCUCCAAAGCCGACGUCUCCGUCCGCGCGGCGUUGGGCGCCAAACGGCUCCAAACGAGGACGGUGUGGAACGAGGGGAGACCGCGCUGGGACGCCAUCUUGGACAUGGGAACCGUCCAACUCCGGCCCGGAGACGCCCUCCAACUGGAGGUGUGGGAUGAGGACAAUCGGUGGGACGAUGACCUCCUGGGCCGCUGCCGUCAGGCUCUCAGCGCCGGCGCCAACCGCAGCGCCGUUUGCUACCCCGGAGGAGGACAUCUCGAGUUCUCCUACCUCGUCACGUGUGGCCCGGCCUUGGGGGGACCUCUGUGUCGAGACUACGUCCCUCAAGCGCCCCACGAGGCUGAGGGCAUCUCCAGGGGCUCCCAGUGGCCUUCAAGCCUGGAAGAUGACCACCAGUUUUGGGCGAGUCAAGAAGGAGAUGGAGAUGGAGAUGAUGGAGAUGGUGAUGGAGACCUUGAAGGCAUCUCCGGGGUCUCCAAGUGGUCAUCAAAGCGUGGAGGUGACCACAAGCCUUGGGGAAACCAUGAAGAAAGAGGUGGAGAUGAUGGUGGAGAUGAUGGAGAUGAUGGUGGAGACCUUGAAGGCAUCUCCGGGGUCUCCAAGUGGUCAUCAAAGCAUGGAGGUGGCCACAAGCUUUGGGGAAACCAUGAAGAAAGAGGUGGAGAUGAUGGUGGAGAGGGUGGAAAUGGUGGUGAUGAUGGAGAUGAUGAUGGAGAUGGUGAUGGAGAUGAUGAUGGAGACCUUGAAGGCAUCUCCGGGGUCUCCAAGUGGUCAUCAAAGCGUGGAGGUGACCACAAGCCUUGGGGAAACCAUGAAGAAAGAGGUGGAGAUGAUGGUGGAGAUGAUGGAGAUGAUGAUGGAGACCUUGAAGGCAUCUCCGGGGUCUCCAAGUGGUCAUCAAAGCAUGGAGGUGGCCACAAGCUUUGGGGAAACCAUGAAGAAAGAGGUGGAGAUGAUGGUGGAGAGGGUGGAAAUGGUGGUGAUGAUGGAGAUGAUGAUGGAGAUGGUGAUGGAGAUGAUGAUGGAGACCUUGAAGGCAUCUCCGGGGUCUCCAAGUGGUCAUCAAAGCGUGGAGGUGACCACAAGCUUUGGGGAAACCAUGAAGAAAGAGGUGGAGAUGAUGGAGAUGAUGAUGGUGAUGAUGGAGACCUUGAAGGCAUCUCCAGGGUCUCCAAGUGGUCAUCAAAGCAUGGAGGUGACCAUAAGCCUUGGGGAAACCAUGAAGAAAGAGGUGGAGAUGAUGGUGGAGAUGGUGGAAAUGGUAGUCGUGAUGGAGAUGAUGAUGAUGGAGACCUUGAAGGCAUC